GCCCGUAUGGCGUGCGAGCGGCGGCCGCUGCGGGCCUGGCCAGGCCUGGGCUGAGGCCGAGCCAGCCGCGGGGUUCCACAGCCCCGGCCGGCGCCCAUCAUGCGGCGGCUGCGGCGCCUGGUGCACCUGGUGCUCCUCUGUCCCUUCUCCAAGGGCCUGCAGCAGGGCCGGCUCCCAGGCAUCAGGGUCAAGUAUGUUUUGCUGGUCUGGCUGGGCAUCUUCGUGGGCAGCUGGAUGGUCUAUGUGCAUUACUCAUCCUACUCGGAGCUCUGCCGCGGGCACGUCUGCCAGGUGGUGAUCUGUGACCAGUACCGCAAGGGCAUCAUCUCCGGCUCUGUCUGCCAGGACCUGUGUAAGUUGCAGAAGGUGGAGUGGAGGACCUGCCUGUCUUCAGCCCCAGGCCAGCAGGUGUACAGUGGGCUCUGGCAGGACAAGGAGGUGACCAUCAAAUGUGGCAUCGAGGAGGCCCUGAACUCCAAGGCCUGGCCAGAUGCAGUCCCAGGGCGGGAGCUGGUGCUGUUUGACAAGCCCACCCGGGGCACCUCCAUCCAGGAGUUCCGGGAGAUGAUCCUCAGCUUCCUCAAGGCGAACCUAGGAGACCUGCCCUCCUUGCCAGCGCUGGUUGACCAGAUCCUCUUCAUGGCGGACCUCAACAAGGACAGCAGGGUGUCCCUGGCAGAGGCCAAGUCUGUGUGGGCCUUACUGCAGCGCAACGAGUUCCUGCUGCUGCUGUCCCUUCAGGAGAAGGAGCACGCGUCCCGGCUGCUGGGCUACUGCGGGGACCUGUACCUCACCGAGGGCAUUCCCCGCGGCUCCUGGCACGGGGCAGUGCUGCUGCCUGCUUUGCGCCCUCUCCUGCCGUCUGUGCUGCACAGGGCUCUCCAGCAGUGGUUUGGACCUGCAUGGCCCUGGCGUGCCAAGAUUGCUAUUGGCCUGCUGGAGUUCGUGGAGGAGCUCUUCCAUGGUUCCUAUGGUACCUUCUACAUGUGCGAGACCACGCUGGCCAAUGUGGGAUACACGGCUGCCUAUGACUUCAAGAUGGCUGACCUGCAGCAGGUGGCACCGGAGGCAACCGUGCGCCGCUUCCUUCAGGGCCGCCACUGUGAGCACAGUUCUGACUGCAUCUAUGGGCGAGAUUGUAGGGCCCCAUGUGACAGGCUCAUGAGACAGUGCAAGGGCGACCUCAUCCAGCCCAACCUGGCCAAGGUCUGUGAGCUGCUGAGGGAUUACCUGCUGCCGGGAGCCCCUGCAGACCUCCGAGAGGAGCUGGGCAAACAGCUGCGCACAUGCACUACUCUGAGUGGACUGGCCAGCCAGGUGGAAGCUCACCAUUCACUGGUGCUCAGCCACCUCAAGACAUUGCUCUGGAGGGAGAUCUCCAAUACCAACUACUCAUAAUGCUGCAGGCUCCAGCCACCAUAGUUCAGCCGUGGGUGGAGCACACACUUGGGUAAGGUUGCCCCUCUGCAAGCCCCCCUCACUCUCCCAACAACUGAGCAGAGGUCUCAUUCCUCUGAACAUGUAAAUAAAUGGCUUUUAUGUGA